GUCAAAUGUCAAAUGACAUGGGGUCAAUGUUUUUGACAGUCAAUUCCCUAAAAAAAGCUGAUAUGUGAGAAACACACUGAAAUACAACAACAAAAAAAAUGGCAUUUUUAUGCCCAGUUCGUAUACGCCGGGGGAAAAAGAAAAAACCUUCCGGCGCCGAUGUUGAUAAAGAUUUAAUGAAAGGAGCGUCUGGAUUGACUCCAGGAAUGGGUAGAAUCACCGGUUCUGCUAGUAUUGAAACUUUGGUUCGUGUGGGAAUUGAGAAAGAACAUGGUUUAUCACCCGACAGUAAAAUGGUUGUUUUAUAUGAUUUUACGCCGUGUGUUGAUGAUGAAUUAGAAGUUAAAAGAGGGCAAAUUGUUAAUAUACUUUAUCGAGAAAAUGAUUGGGUUUAUGUAAUUGGGUUAGAUACACGCCAAGAAGGAUUUAUUCCACACUCUUAUUGUACUCCUUACAAUAGCCAAUUAGCUGAGUUAGCUAUUAAGAAAAAAUUACCCAGAGAUGAACAAAAUGGGAAUGUUGAUCAACCUGAGACUACUCACGAAUGUGAAAUAGCAGCUGCUGAUACAAGUGAUUGUGAUUCAUUGGGUAAAAAACAAGGAGCUGUUGCCAGUUCUCCUGUUAGUAUUCAUUCUGAACCAGAUAUGUCUCCAUUUUCAAAAGAUCCAUCUGGGCGUUAUAUUGUUUUAUAUACUUUUAUAGCGAGAGAUGAAAAUGAUGUUUCAGUUGAACGGGGCGAAUUUGUUACAGUGUUAAAUCGUGAAGACCCUGAUUGGUAUUGGAUAGUACGUAGCGAUGGGCAAGAAGGUUUUAUCCCUUCUGGUUUUGUUUACCCCGCAGAUAAUGUCAUACAAGGUCAUUUAAAUAAUACAACAAAUCAAGUAAACACCACAUUUACAAUUCAAAAUAAUACUCAUCAUAUAACAACGCAAGGUGGUGAUGAUUUGAGAUAUCACGGUACAGAACUUGUGAUGUUGUAUGAUUAUAAAGCCCAAGCACCUGAUGAUUUAUCCGUAAGACGUGGUGAUUGGAUUUAUGCAGAUUUAACUAAUCAAACUGUGGAUGGAUGGUUAUGGGCGUAUGCCCCAAAAACUAGAAAGUAUGGGUUCAUACCCAAAGCUUAUGCAAGACCUCCAGCUAUGACUAGUUUGUAAUAAAACUAGCUAGUUUUUGUAAUGAUUCAUUUACAUAGGUAUUUUUUAAGAUAAUAAAAUGGUGCCAACGUUUAAUAUUAUGUACGCAAAAAAUGCGUGUUUAAGGCUAUAAAAGUAACAUAGUGAUAUAUUGUUGAAUGGUAUUUGAAAACCGUCCGCUUACUUAUUUGUAACGUUUUUUUAUACAUAUUUUACUAAUGAUUA